GUAUAUAGUCUAGUUGUUGGUGUCUUCCAGCUCCCAUUCCUAAGCUUUUUCUUCCCACUCGCAUACAUUUAAUCUGGAAAUAUAUUGAUGCUUAUGUUGAUUGGGACAUCCUUCUGCAGCUGUUCUCAAGUACACUGGAAACUGAGGCCUCUAGAGCAGCUGGAGUGGGACACUGACAUGGUCUCAGUAUUGCAUUUCUGGGUUUGGAUGACCUGAGGUGGAACACACAGAUGUCUGCAGUCCACUAACUCCUCUUUGGAGUGGCCUGGACAUGCAGCACUCCCAGAAGGCAGUUGGGUCCAAGAGCUCUGCAAGGGUGUGUGACUAGGCAGAGGAUGGGUGGGGUGACUGCUGCAGUGUCUGUGACUCCAGAUGUAUGAAUUUCCCAGGUCUUGGUAUUAGAAGGGCUAUAUAUGGGAGCAUUUAAAGCAAGGUGAAACCUGGUCAAGGGAACCCAAGACUAGUGGAGGGACAUACAGAUGGAUGAACCCAAAUGUGAGGCAGUGCACUGUGGUAUGGCAAUGGGAGGACCACUAAACGUGGAGCAAUUAGGAGUGUAUCGGCACAGGCUUAAAGCAAGCAAAUCCCUGGAAAGUACUGCUUUUUUUACGAAUCGGAGUAUUUAUUGCAUCUGAGAUGUCAAAUUAAUUCAUUUUGAACAGCUUGUGCAUAGACACAUGAUCUGUAAUGUGGAGAAAUUCUGAAGGAAAUCUUGUAUGAUGUUCUGGAGUUGAACCGCAAGUAGCUGUGCUAGAUGCAGAGUUCCUCUUCAAACACUAUUGAAAAUGGUUUUAAAGCAAGUGAAGAGCCUCUUCUUCGAAAAAAUCCUCGUCGAUUUGUCAUCUUCCCUAUCCAGUACCCCGAUAUAUGGAAAAUGUAUAAACAGGCACAAGCAUCCUUCUGGACAGCAGAAGAGGUUGAUUUGUCAAAGGACCUUCCUCACUGGAACAAGUUGAAAUCAGAAGAAAAAUAUUUUAUUUCACAUAUCCUGGCAUUUUUUGCAGCCAGUGAUGGAAUUGUAAAUGAAAACCUGGUGGAACGUUUUAGCCAGGAAGUACAGAUCCCAGAAGCUCGCUGUUUCUAUGGUUUUCAGAUUCUCAUUGAGAAUGUUCACUCAGAGAUGUACAGUCUGCUAAUAGACACUUACAUCAAAGAUCCUGAGAAACGAGAGUUUUUAUUUAAUGCGAUUGAAACAAUGCCAUGUGUCAAGAAGAAAGCAGAUUGGGCUCUGAGAUGGAUAGCUGACAGAGACUCCACUUUUGGGGAGAGAGUGGUUGCCUUUGCUGCAGUGGAAGGAAUCUUCUUCUCAGGAUCUUUUGCUGCCAUAUUUUGGCUGAAGAAGAGAGGCUUGAUGCCUGGACUGACUUUCUCCAAUGAGCUCAUUAGCAGAGAUGAGGGUCUCCAUUGUGACUUUGCAUGCCUAAUGUUCCACUAUUUAGUGAACAGGCCUUUAGAAGAGAGGGUCAAGGAGAUCAUUGUUAAUGCAGUUGAAAUUGAGCAGGAGUUUUUAACAGAGGCUUUACCAGUAGGUCUGAUUGGAAUGAAUUGCAUAUUGAUGAAACAAUACAUUGAAUUUGUGGCAGACCGAUUACUUGUAGAACUUGGCUUCUCAAAGUUCUUUUACGCAGAAAACCCUUUUGAUUUCAUGGAGAAUAUUUCACUGGAAGGAAAGACCAACUUCUUUGAGAAGCGGGUUUCAGAGUAUCAGCGCUUUGCUGUAAUGACAGAGACAACAGACAACGUGUUCACUUUGGAUGCAGAUUUUUAAUAUCUCUUCAGGGAGAGCAUCUGAACAAACGGACAAUGACUUUGCUUCCCUGUCCCCAUCUCAUUUCUUGUGAUGAUUUCUGUAUUUCUUAUCCCAAAGUUGGCGUUGAGUCUUCUGGAAUGGUUUUGUGUUUCCUACCUUUAUAAAGUUUAUAAAUUUACAUUUGAACACACUGUAAUUUCCCUGAACAACAUGUGUAUAAUCUGUAGAGUAAAUGUAUUUUCUUUGUUUCAUGAAAUGUCCUUUUUAAAACUUACCUAGCUUUUUAAAGAGAUGCUCUUUAUAGGGAGCCUGCUUGAUUCCUGGGUAAAAAACUGAACAACCUUUCCAUUUUUCAAAAAUUGACAACCUUUUUUGAGGGGCUGCAAAAGUGCUUUACAAGAAUAGCUAAACUAAGGCAAGGAUGCAGCUUACUAUGCUUCACAUUACAGUUUUAAUCUUAAACCCAACUGAGGUAAUACCCCAUUUUAAUAUGCUCCAUUUUGAUGAAUGGUUUAAAAAUGUAAACUAUGAAUCUAGAUCCGUAGUCCUUCCUGUUGUUUUGCUUCAAAAUAAUUUAAUCAGUGAGAGAGUUUGGGAAGAGGUAUGUAUUUAGUACAUUACGAAGUAUGAUCUUUGGUAAGAAAACUUAUUUAAUUUCCUCAUUAACUUGGGAUCUAGGUUAAAAGAGCUUUCUGACUUGAGGUGGAAACCUGGUCUACCCAUGACAGCAGUAAGCAUUCUGGGACACACAGCCUUCAUAUAAGACAUAUUUUGAAGAUGAUUUAAGUUGGGUGGCUUGGUAUUUGAAAGGUAAGUAAGUAAAAAGACAAUGGAGAAGAAUGUAUGCUCCAAUGUUAAAAUGGUAACCUACUUCUGUGUUCAGUGCAAACGCUGCUACUCGUUUGAGUGCCUUAAGAGUAAGCAGAUUUACAGCGGCAGUAAUCAUUGAUUGUUUUGGGGUUAUAACCAACACCAGUAAUGGAAAUACUGAAUCCGCCUCUUCUUUGUUGUGUUCCUCUACUGGGUAUUCAGUUUUCUUCUGUAAUGUUUUAUAACAUGACUGGGCAUAGCAUGUCUUUUGGUUUUUUCACCCUUGACCUACCACAGAAAUAAUACUUUAACCCUUCCUAUAGAUACCUCCAAUGUUGUGCUGGUAGGUAUCUUCAGAAUAACUUGUUUAGGUGAAACAUUGAAACAAUAGAAUUUUCAGUAUAUAGAUGGGAAAAAAAGUAUACUUUCGACUAUCAGUUCCUGUCCAGUGAUUGCUGCAUAAGCACUGCUGGUGAUCUGUAGUAUAAUGUAGUGUGUGUGUGUGUGUAUAUAUGCUUGUCUGUAUAUUUUAGUUGUUUAUAUUAAAGAUAAUUACUUAUCCAGUAUAAGAGAAAACUGAAGGAUAACUUUGAAAUGUCACUUUGUAAUAUUUGAUGUGGAAGAAAUAACAGCAAUAGUUUAAUUUCACUCCAUGGAUUUAGCUUUUGGGUAGAUUUUUGUGUUCACUCUUUUGCAAAUAGAUGGCUUCAUUUUCCUGAGGGGUGCUCUAUUUUGGAGAAUAAAAUAUAAGAGCAGUUCGUUUAGCACUUUAUAAAAUUGCUUUUAUAUUUUUUGAUUCCUGUUGUUCCAAAGCUGCAAGCAUUUGAGUUGAUUGGCAGAGAAGGCACAUCAGUAGGUCAGGCAGACUGUGCUUUCACUGGAAGGUUGGGCAUAGCCGUCACUGUCAGUGACAAAGCAGUUACCAUCUGACUUGUGUGAAAUCAGUCUUGUCAGUCUAGUUCCUGGUGAACAAAUGUCCUCAUCACAAAAACUGACAACAUAAUUGUGAGCCCCUGCAUUCUUCACUGCCCUUGUUCAGUCUCAGCCUAGAGGCCAUAGAUGUAAUUGGCAUAGAAAAAAAAUUACAUGCUGUCCUAGAAAUGGGCCUGCUUGGUCUGGUGGGGCAUUGAGGGGAACUUUAUAUGUCUGCCCCAUGUACUCUACCUAUUUUUAAAAAGAGAACUGAGAGUGCUGAAUCUAGCCGUGGUCGCAACCAUUAACACAUAUCACAGCCUGAAUCUGAUCUGUUUGGGUUAUUCCAACAGCAUUUUCUGCUUGGAUUGUCACUGACUUAGCAUCACGUGAAUUUUAAAGCAUUGUUCUGAAAUUAAAACUAUACAUUUAAAUUGCUUGAUUUUUAGUUCAAAACAUGCCCUGGUUUUAUGUAUGGAUUUGCUUGGCUCUCCUGAGCUCACAGAGCCUGUGAGAUACUGAAGUCUUGUUAUAGUUAUCCCUUCCUCCUUGUCCCAGUAGUGUGUAAAACACUUAAAUAGUUUUAGCAAAACUUGUAAAACAUGGUCCUAGACAUGUCAGACAGACUUCAAAAGAAAUGGGGAAGAAAAUGCCUUUGAUUUACCAUUUCUUUGUUUUUAUUGCAAACCCUA